CCAUCGCAGCCGGUCGCGGCGCCCCGGGGCUCGGCCCCUGCCCUGCCGCCGCCGCCGCCUCUCUCCCGGCCCCGGGGCAGCGAGCAGCGGGCGGCGAUGUCGGAGGCGGGCGGAAGCGGCGAGCUGCCCUCCCCGCGGUGUUCCGGCCCGGGCUCCAGCCGCCCCUCGCUGCCCCCCGGCUCCCGCAACGGUUCCGCGUCGCAGCGCAGGCAGCAGCGGCUCUCCGGCGGGCUCGGCCGCCCGCAGGCCGCCGGGGAAGACGACGAGGAGGAGGAAGAGGAGGAGGAAGAGGAGGAGGAAGGAGAGGGGCCGCGGGGGUCGGAGGGCCGCGAGGGCAGCGUGGACGAGCGCAGAAGGAGGAUGAUCCGCAACCAGUACCGGGAGCUGAUCUGCAGCGUGCAGCAAAAUCGUGAGGAUAUGCUGAGUUCAAAAAGCAACAGGCUGACAGAAGCUUUGGAAGAAGCCAAUAAACUGUUCAGUGGAGUUUCUUGUGCACGAGAGGCUGCGCUGGAUGCCCAAUUUCUUGUCUUAGCAUCAAAUCUAGGAAAGGAGAAAGCUAAUGAGUUGCGCUCAGAGAUGACAACAUUUGAUUCACUAACAUUUGCAGAAGACUUGCUAACAUUCAUGGGUAUAAAUCGUAUAGAAGUAGACGGAAAUGAUAGCGAUACCGAGAACGUUUCGGCUGGCUAUUUACCUAGUAAUGCCUGGCAUAAGCUGGGAGAAGAAGCAGAAAAGUACUUCAGAAGAGCACCUUCUUUUCACUACAUGUUGGGAUCUUUCAAGUCUGAUCCUCCUGUACCAAGGCAACGGAUUGAGAGGCAGAAAAAGGCUGCAGGAGGAGAAGAAAAACGGGCAAUGCCUGCUCAGCUAAAAAAAAUGGAGGAGUCUCAUCAGGAAGCUACAGAAAAAGAAGUAGAGAGGAUCUUGGGAUUACUACAGACUCACUUUAAAAAUGAUCCUUCUACACCUAUUCUCUUCUUUGAUCUUGUGAUUGAUCCAAACUCUUUUGCACGCACUGUGGAAAACAUCUUCCAUGUGUCCUUCAUUAUAAGGGACGGUCUUGCAAGAUUAAAGCUGGAUGAUGAUAAAUUGCCAGUAAUAGAGCCCGUAAAAAACAACGAAGGAAGAAAGGAUGAUGACCAUAGUAAUCGAGCACGGAACCAAGUUGUCAUUUCCCUGAGCUAUCAAGAAUGGAAGGACAUUGUAGAAACAUUUGAAAUAACAGAACCCAUGAUCAGCCCUCCUUCUUACAGUAAUGAAGAUGAAAUGGAGAUAGCUUAAUUCUUCAAGUGCCUUAAAGAAAAAUAUUUUAAAACGUUACCUUCGAAUAAGAUUUUAUAUGUAUAUAUUGUAAUAUUAAAUUUAUUUUUAUUGGAACAUUCUGGUAUUUUAUAUACGCUGUAUUGUUUUCACAUGACACAGUUAUCAUAUCCUUUCAAUUUAUUAUGGCUCUAUUUAUGGCUUUCUGUAAACUUUACUGACACUGCUAAAAGCUUUCAUAAAAAUGAAAUGCUACCCCCCCUUUCAUUCAUUGUCUCUCACCAAUAACAGCCUGCAAGGGGAAUUUACAUGGUUAACCAUCUCUGCUGCGAUAAUCUUGUUACCUAGGUGGUGUUGGGUACCACAGGAGAAAUAAGACAGAAAGACAGUAUCAUAAUCAAAUCUAGAUUCAACUUCGGAAAUUUUAGUCUCAGAAUUAGGAAAAAAGGAAGGAGGAAUUUUUAUCUGUAAGUUCAUCAUAUCAUAGAAUCACAGAAUAUCCCAAGUUGGAACGGACCCACAAGGAUUAUCAAGUCCAACUCCUGGCUCCACACAGGGCCCCCCAAAAAUCAAUCCUAUGCUUGAGGGCAUUGUCCAGAUGCUUCUUGAACUCCUGCAGCUUGGUGCCGUGACCACUGCCCUGGGGAGCCUGUCCCAGUGCCUGACCACCUCUGGGUGCAGAACCUUUCCCUAACACCCAGCCUGACCCUCCCCUGUCCCAGCUCCAUGCCAUCCCCUCGGGUCCUGUCGCUGUCCCCAGAGAGCAGAGCUCAGCGCCUGCCCCUCUGCUCCCCUUGUGAGGGAGCUGCAGGCCGCCAUGAGGCCUCCCCUCAGCCUGCUCUGCUCAGGGCUGAACAAACCCGGGGCCCUCAGCCGAUACUCAUGUUUUCCGCUUUAGACCCUUCACCAUCUUUGUAGACCUCCUUUGGACACUCUCCAAUAGUUUUAUGUCAUUUUUAUACUGUGAUGCCCCAAACUGCACCCAGCACUUGAGGUGAGGCCACACCAUUGCAGAGCAGAGCAGGACAAUCCCUCCCUCGCCCAGCUAGCCAUGCUGUGCUUGAUGCACCCAGGACACUGCUGGCCUUUUGGCUGUCACUGCACACUGCUGGCUCGUGUUCAGCUUGUCAUUGACCAGAACCCCCAGACCCCUUCCUGUGGGGCUGCUCUCCAGCCGCUCAUUCCCCAGUCUGUACAUCCAGCCCGGGGCUGCCCUGGCCCAGGUGCAGAAUCCAGCACUUGCUCUUGUUAAACUUGAUACCGAUGGUGAUUGCCCAGCUCUCUAACUUGUCAAGAUCUCUCUGCAAGGCCUCUCUACUAUCAGGGGGGGCAGCAGCUCCUCCUAAUUUAGUGUCAUCUGCAAACUUAGUAUGCAUUUGAGUCCUGCAUCCAAAUCAAUUAUAAAAAUGUUGAAGGGAACUGGCCCUAAAACAGAGCCCUGGGGAACCUCACAGGUGACUGGCUGCCAGCCUGAUGUAACCCCAGUUACUGUAACCCUUUGAGCUUGACCCAUCCGCCAAUUGUUCACCCAUUGUGUUAUGUAUCUGUCUAGUUGUGUGCUGGACAUCUUGUCCAGAAAGAUACUGUGAGAGACAGUAUGAAAGCUUUGCUGAAAUAUGAAAAGACUACAUCUACUGGCUUCCCUUGGUCAACUAGGUGGGUAACUUUGUCCUAAAAGGAAAUUAAGUGUAUCAAACAGUUUUCCUCUUGUGAACCUGUGUUGGCUGUGACCAAUACCUGCGCUGUCUUUCAGGUGUUUCUCAGUAACUCCCAGAGUAAUCUCCAUAAUUUUACCAGGCACUGAAGUGAGACUGGCAGGCCUGUAAUUGCCAGGGUCUUCUUUCUUGAAAACUAGAACAACGUUUACCAGCUUCCAGUCAACUGGGACCUUUCCAGAUUCCCAAGACCAUUGAAAAAUAUUUGAGAGGUCUCAUAGUGACAUCAGCCAGCUCUUUGAGUACCCUGGGAUGAAUCCCAUUGGGCCCUGUAGACUUCCAUGUAUCCAGCUGGAGCAGCGAGUCCUGUACAAGUUCGGUGUCGGUAUCGUUACUGCAGUUACAGUUCUCCAACUCAGGACUCUGGAGGUCUCAGAGCCCAUCACUGCUGUUGAAGACAGAGGUGAAGAAGGUAUUUCAUGUCUAUUUUAUCUAUGUCUGUUUUUGUGAGGUGACCAUCCUCACUAAGUAAUGGACCAAUGCUAUUUCUGGUCCUCCUUUUGUUAUUAACAUAUUUUAAAAAGCCCUUUUUAUUGUCCUACACCGUACUGGCCAGCUUCAACUCUAAUUGAGCUUUGGCACACAAAUUUUCUCCCUACGAUGGUGAACAGCAUCUCUGUAGUCCUACCAUGUCAGCUAACCUUGCUUCUGGUGGCCAUACGCUCUGUUCUUCCACCAGAGCUCUAGAAGAUCCCUGCUUAUCAAGCUGACCUUCUGUCCUGCCUGCUUGACUUCCAACAUUUUGGAAUUGCCUAUUCCUGUGCUGGUAAGAUAUACUUCGAAAUUGACCAGCAUGGAUGGACCCCAAUGCCUUCAAAUGCAGUUUCCCAGGGGCCCUUACUAACUAGUUCCCUGAGGAGCCUGCAGUGUGCUCUCCCCAUAUCCAGGGUUGAAAUUUCGGUGGCAGUUCUCCUAUCACCAGACAUUUUAAACUCGCCUACUUUGUGGUCAUUAUGGUGAAGAUGGCCACGUGUAUUUGGUUUUGUAACUUAGGUAGGACAGCUAUGUUAGGCCAUAGCUUUUAUUUUCUUUAAAAGAAAUAAAACUUUGCUCCGUCUCUAGAAAA